AAAAUAACUCUAUAAACACUGUGGUAUUUUAAGUGAGUAUACCAUUGAAGCUCACGUUUUCCCUCGAGCGGCGAAGAGAAAACGGAGGCAGGCACACUGAGGGAGAUUAACUUUGAUCAGGGAACUCAAUAUACCCAAUAUACCCGCUAGCAAACAAUAAGAAUGGAUCAAUAUCGUAUGCGAAUGAACGUUACUCUCACAAUUAUGACUGAUUAACAGUGUUAGGAACACAGAAAUAAAAAGGUCGUGCCUCAGCACGUAACAAAACUGAAAUAAGCCGAGCCGGCAUAUUUUGACAAGAAGGGAAUAUCCACAAAUACCAAGAUUAAUCAGCUGAUGUAGUGGAGAGGGCGAAGGUUUGUGAUGCCCUGGGGUACGUGCAGUCGUUGGAGUCGCGUCGGGAAACCUCGGCCUCGGCAGCAGCGGCGGUGAGAGAUGAGGGAAGGGCGGACAUCGGAGGACUCGUAAUGGCUGCUGGAAACUGCUGACCCAGCGAUUUGAGCGGCCGCGGGUGGGUGCCGGAACACUGCUGCCAUACGUAGGACGGCUGCGGCGUUCUUGUUAUAUUGAGAGAUGGGCCGCGGUGGCAGAUAAGACGACUUGAGUGUGUAACCCCUUGAGAAGACGCCUUGCAGGAAACGGUAGUGGUAACUGCUUGCAGUCACCGGGAGAUGUCCGCAGGUACCCUUGCUGACUGUUUGCCGGAAGAGGUUUGGGCCUAUGCUCCCAGCAGCGGCGGUGUUGCCGCCAGCUGUGGUGUGAAGGGCAUGUGGGUUGUUCCAAGGUCAGCAGGGCGUGCCUCCUCCUUGCUGGUGUGAAUACUUCUGCCGUAUCGUGGAGUGGCUUGCAGUGCUCGUAGCAGUGCUGGCUUGAAGCGGGGGAGCGGCUUGUAGAUUGUGGCCCUCGCUUUCGGCUGCGUAGGCCUGUUGGUGGCUCGAGGCUUGUAGGCUUGACGCCUGUAGAGUUGCCACGGGUGUGCUUGAGGCUUGUAAGCUUGAUGCCUGUAGUGUUGCCGCGGGUGUGCUCGGGGCUUGUAAGCUUGACGCCUGUAGUGUUGCCGUCAAACCUCAAAUUCUCACAUCAGUGCAUCGUGCAGCAAAUAAAGCGAACAGAAUGUUGGGCUUCAUUAAAAGAAACUUUUUAUUCAAGAAUAAAGAUGUAAUACUUCCGCUCUACAAUAGUUUUGUCAGAUCCCACUUGGAAUAUGCGGUACAGUUUUGGUCUCCCCACCAUGCAAAGGACAUUGCUAAACUAGAAGGUGUUCAGUGUCGAGCAACAAAAAUGAUCCCAUCCUUGCGCAACAAAUCCUACGAAGAAAGGCUUUCCACCCUUAACAUGUUCUCUCUUGAGAAAUGUCGCCUCUGAGAAAAACUGAUCGAAUGUUUUAAAAUACUUAAUGGUUUCACGAAUGUAGACAGAACAAAAUUGUUUAUGAUCAAUGACACUUUGCGAACGAGGAACAAUGGCACAAAACUCAAAUGUAGACAAGUAAAUUCAGACUGCACCAAAUUUUUCUUCACCAACGUUGUAGUGCGAGAAUGGAAUAAGCUCCCACCAUCAGUGGUCCAGUGUUACACGAUUGACUCCUUUAAAAACAAGCUCGAUCGUCACUUCCUUGAACUUAAUAUUAACUAGAGUAGAAAAGCAACAUUUUGGAGCCAUCUAAUUAAUGUAAAAUCACUUAGGUUUAAGGACAGACCACCUAGUCUGGACCAUGGGGUCUGUGUGGUCUGAUUUUCUAUGUAAGUCUAUGUAAAUAUCUUUAUUUUCUCUCCUUCAGGAGUAGAGUAUCGAGACACCUCUCUUCCUGAAAUUGACCUCAUUUUUUGGCCACUCUUUUAAACUUUUUUUAAGUGGGCAGUGAUUAGCAAGCUUUUUUCCCAUAAUUAUUAUUAUUAUUAUUUUUAUUCAUUCAUUUUUUCCUUGUUACUUCUUUUACUGUAUAUAAAAAAAUAAAAAAAUAAAAAUGUUCUGGUCGUGCAUGUAGUGCUCUCAGUACACUCAUUCCCACGCCCACCAACUCCCUCCAAUACUUAUUCACUCAAUUGAUCCAUUCCAUUGUUGGUCUCACCCUGACAUCCCUUCCCUCAGUCCUGCCCUCAUAUAUGUACUCUUCAUUCACAAAGUCAUCCUCAUUCAUUCUCUUCACAUGACCAAACACAGCAUUGCAUUUCACUAUUUAACCACUCCACAAUCCACUCCUUUUGUUGUUACGAUACCAUGUCUGACAUAAAUGCAUUCAUUACUGUCUCCAAUCCAUCCUGACACACUACAUGCACCUCUUAGUGUCUAGGCUGAAUUAGUUCAGUUCUAAUGAAGUUUCUCCUACUAUUCUUCAUAGCUGCUUAUGUGUUAAUUGCUGUUCUAAAGGUUGUGAAGUUCUCAAGAAAUUUCCAACAGGAGAGAGGGAGAGGUGUCUUCUACAUGAUAAUGACUACCAGCCAAAAGAGAUGCUGCUCUCCUCACCUGGUGUGAUGCACUACUUCUAGCUACAUGUCCUGUGGAAUGCUGCUACUGUUCAGGAUAUUUUAAAAAUCAUUUAUCUUAGUUAUAUUGUAAUAAUACUAUUUGGCAAUAUAUACCAUGCAGAUUCGUUUAUUCAAUCUAAUUUUUUAACUAACAUGUCCAUAGUAACUAUCAAAUUUCUGCAGAUUGCAACAUGUCAACAGUGCCAAGUCUAUUUUCCUUUGAAGACCCAGGCCCCUUCCAUGACUCCCAUCAAAGUGAAGACACCAUGGGAGUUAGUUGGAGUAGACUUGAUUGAUGGGGUGCACCUGGUAGGAUACUGUCCGACCAGGGCUGCGAGUUUUGUUCAUCGGUCAGUGGCAAUUUAUGCCGCUCCUAUGGUUUCAAAAGGAGCAUAACUUCGGCGUACCAUCCACAGACAAAUGGGCUGGCAGAAAGAAUGAAUAGAACUUUUAAAACAAGAAUUGCCAAGUUAUGUAAUGAGAAGCGCAACAACUGGAAUGAAUACAUCGGAGUGUCUCAGAACUCAAAAGCAGAAGAGCACAGGGUUCACACCAUUUCAACUCAUGUUCGGUCGAGAACACCAGCCACUUGAUCAGGAUCUGUUAGAAAGUGAGUCAGGCUUUCUUUGCAUUUCACAAGAAGAUUCUUCCACAAACUAUGACUUGAAUGAACUUGCUGUUCUACCUUCUGUGGAGGAAAUCCAUAACUUUGAAGAAAAUAAUAGAAUAACAUCUGAAGAACUUCACAGCCACGGAGGUGGAGUCCUUCUUGCCCUCAAGGAAGAGUUGGAGCACACACAGCUUGGGCCUCCCAGUUGGCCGGGUGGUUGCCUGGAGGUAGCCGCUGCCAGGAUUGGGCUACAGAGGGGCUGGCUCACUGUGGUGGUGUGCUACAACCCAGGUGGAGCAGCCACCUACCAAGAGCUGGAUCAUUACCUCUCCUCCCUUCCACCUCCAGCGUUGGUCAUGGGAGACUUCAACGCUCACCACCACUGCUGGGACCCCAACCUGCCUCCACUCCACAGGCACACCCCAGGUACUGCCCUAAUUCAGGCCCUCCAAAACUCACCACACCUGUGCCUCCUCAGCCCACCGGGCCUGGCCACAAGAUAUGACCCCCACACUGGGGCAGCCUCGGUCCUAGAUCUGUACCUAGGAGAUGCAGCCCCCGACACCCGUCUUCACUACUGGACCGUACAUGGGAAGCGACCACCUCCCCAUCAUGGCCUCUUUCCCGCAGAUUGCCCCCAGACCCCACCCGGGCUGCUUACCCAGGUGGUAAAUCACGGCAACAGCAUGGGCAAAAUUCCAGGCAGCCCUGAAAAGCCCCCCAAAUCUCUCCACCCGACCAAUUGGGGAAGCAACACAAGCCCUCCAAGAGACACUAGAGGCGGCAGGGCAGGCAGCCUUCCACCUCAUCACCCACCGCACCCCCCGCCGCCCAGGGAAGGCUUGGUGGAAUGAUGACUUCCACCAGGCGGUACAAACCCGGCGCAGAGCCUGGAACCAGUGGCGCAGAACACCAACGCCACAAGCAGGCCAAGAGUACCGCCGCCUUGACGCCAUCUGUGCCAAGACAUCCUCCUGGCAAAGAGGCAGGCAUGGGGAUCCCAUUGCUCCUCCCUCCCUUUCUCUUCCACCAAGAAAACAUGGGACUUCCUACAUGCCAUGAAAGGCAGGAAAGUGCGACAACCACUCCCCAUCAGUGAUAACUCUCAACCCCAGCUGGCGACCAGCAAAAAGCUGAGGUACUGGCCACCCACUACAUAGCCAAAAUAGGAAUGGCACCCACACUCCAACCACCCUAGGAUCUCCACACCUCCAUCGACACUGCCAUCCAAAUCCCAGGCACCCCAGAGCUCACACAGCCCUUCACCAUGGCGGAGACAACCCGAGCGAGGGACUCUCUACGUUCCGGGAAAGCCCCAGGCCACGACCGCAUUCCAUAUGAGUUUCUCCAACAUCUCACCCCAAACAUCCAAGCUGACCUCCUUAACAUCUACAACACCAGCUGGCAAACAGGGGAGUUCCCACUCGGCUGGAAAUGGUCCAUCCUUAUACUCAUCCCAAAACCCGGCAAGGACCCAACACUUCCGUCAUCUUACAGGCCAGUUGCACUCCUUUCCUGCAUCGGCAAAAUGAUGCAGCGCAUGGUAGCUACCCGACUAUCCUGGUGGGUGGAGGAGAAGCAUUUACUGAGGGAGGAGCAGUACAGCUUCCGUCCCCACCGAAGCACCCUUGGCAUCCUGGCACAGAUAAAACACCACAUCUGUGACACCUACUGCCAGCGCCAGUUCAUGUCAGCCCUCUUUGUAGAUCUAGAGGGGGCCUUUGACACUGCACCACAUGAGGGAAUCACCUACAAGCUGGCUGGCAUGGGGGUCACCAGCACCACCCUCACCUGGGUCAAAGAUUUCCUCUCCAACUGCUCAUUUCAGGUGGCGGUGGGAGCCUCCAUGUCAACAUCGCACCCCAUACAAAGAGGAGUGCCGCAGGAAUCCAUCCUCAGCCCCCUCCUUUUUAACAUCCUCAUGACAGACCUCCAGAUCCCUCACCACUCACACCUUCUCCUUUAUGCUAAUGAUAUCACCAUCAUCAGCAGGGCAGCGACACUGGCUGAGUCUCAACAUCAUCUUCAGGAGGCUGCGGCAGCACUUGAGGGCUGGAUGACCACCUGGGGCCUUACCAUCAGCCCCCCAAAAAGUGCCCUCAUGUGCUUCACCCUCAAGAGACUGCCAGCACCGCCUACAGUGUCCCUGAAAGGCACACCCGUCCCCUACACCCGGACACACCCCCUCCUGGCGCUGAGAAUGGAGGGACCUCGCCUAACCUGGGCCAGUCAAGUUGCACACCUGAACACCUCCUGUAACAAGCAGCUAAACAUGAUGAAAAGGAUUACCGGCACCCAAUGGGGGGCUGACCGGGACCUGCUCCUGAAUUACUAUAAGACCACUAUCAGAGCUAGAAUAAUGUAUGGCAGCAGCUCCUUCUACCCUCUCCAAACUGGACACAAUCCAGAAUGCUGCCCUGAGGAUAGCAAAAGGGGGCAAUGUAGUCCUCCCCAGUUGUCUCCCUCCAUGUGGAGAGUGGCAUCCCCCCCCCUCCAACCACCUACAGAAGGGAGG